AUGCAGUCCGCUUAUAAUGGCGACUUCAAUGAUAUAUCAAUGAUAAAAUAUGCCUCUGCUGCUAUGAAUCUUAACGGAACGCCUUUCGUCGGGGGAGUCUUGAUCUUGAAAACACUCACAGGAGAAACAGUUGAAGUGAUAGACGAGCCCAAAUCUAACCGAACUACAGACAUUAUCGAUGUAAAAAUCGUACAAGUAGCUUUUUGUAUCCUGUAUUCAAUAAUAUUCGUUCUUGGAGUAUUCGGAAACGUUUUAGUAUGUUACGUGGUAUUCCGAAAUCGAGCGAUGCAAACGGUAACGAACCUGUUCAUAACGAAUUUGGCUCUGUCGGAUAUUCUACUCUGUGUCUUCGCCGUACCUCUGACGCCUAUGUACACAUUUAUCGGAAGAUGGGUCUUUGGAAGAUUGCUCUGCCACUUAAUGCCCUAUGCACAAGGCACCAGCGUCUACAUUUCCACUUUAACGCUGACCUCGAUAGCUAUUGACAGAUUUUUUGUCAUCAUAUACCCUUUUCAUCCAAGGAUGAAAUUGAAUACUUGUAUAUUUAUCAUAAUAUUCAUAUGGGUGUUUUCUUUAGUGGUCACGUGUCCUUAUGGACUUUUUAUGGGCAUACAGAUAACGAAUAAUAAAACGUAUUGCGAAGAGAGUUGGCCAUCAGACAAAUCGAGAAAGAUUUUUGGAGUGUUUACAACUGUUUUACAAUUUCUAAUACCGUUUCUAGUCAUAGCAAUAUGCUAUACAUGCGUUAGUUUAAGAUUGAACGAUCGUGCUCGAUCAAAGCCAGGUGCUAAAAAUACAAGAAGAGAAGAGGCAGACAGAGAUAGAAAAAAAAGAACAAACAGGAUGCUCAUAUCUAUGGUUGCCAUAUUCGGCAUAUCCUGGUUACCGUUAAAUUUAAUAAACAUUUUUAAUGAUUUCUACGCGCAGAUGACAGAGUGGAAUUAUUAUUAUAUUUCCUUUUUUCUUGCCCAUUCAAUGGCGAUGGCAUCUACAUGUUACAAUCCAUUUCUAUACGCAUGGUUAAACGAGAAUUUUAGGAAGGAGUUCAAACAGGUAUUACCUUUUUUCGAAUCUACAGGAGGUGUUCGAAACAGUUACCAUUCGGGACGAAUGCCCACAAAUAAAGCUGAUAAAAUAUGCAAUGGUAAUGAAACAAUUCAAGAAACAUUAAUAGCGUCUUCUUUCAACAGAGGUCCUUCAAUAAAACAACGAAUAUUUGAUGGCGCAAAGAGAAACAAUGAAGUUGAAGUUGAAAAUAUUCUAUUAGAAGAGAAAGCACUCUCAGCAACGUUUCAAACCAAGACUGAGAAUGUCAAUUUACAAUUAAUAGAUGAAGAAUCACAUGUUAGUGAACCUAGAGAAACAAAUUCGAUUAAAUAG